AUGGGCCUUCCUCAAGAAUUCGACUUAAAAUACGAUUCACUGGCGAAGUGGUGUGUUUUUCAGGGUAGAAUAAGAACAAUAGAGCCUUUCAUUGAUUACGAAUCUUUUCUUAGAAAUUACAUAGCGUUACUGCAUAGUAUAGUUACUGAAUUUUAUCGUUACUUUCGUAUUUCUGAACGCUUAAACCUGCAGAGUUUAAGAGUUAUACCGCCUGAGCUUUUGGAAUCAUAUGAGAAAUGGAGCGAGAUCCAGAAAACCGAUGUUAUUCAAAGCUAUUAUGCAAAUGUCGCGCUGUUUCUUCCACAUAAAUUGAAUAACGGAUAUAACCAUAGAAUUUUUCUAAAUCCAUGUCUAAGGAAAUUUUGCGCUGAAACCCAACGUUUUCUAUGUCAAGGCGAUCCAGGGUAUGAUAUCAGAUCGUGGGUCGAUAGAUUUGUGCAAAAGAAACAGACUAAGCUUUUAAUCGGCUUAAAUCCGGUCUAUGGGACGACCAGUUCUUUUUGGUUAGGUUAG